CUUUACAAGAUACUGAAAGAGCACAAGAAUCCCAAGGUUCUUCGUGAGGGGCUACUGUGGAUGGUUUCAGCAGUGGAAGAUUUUGGCAUCUCACAUUUGAAACUUAAGGAUUUAAUUAAUUUUUGUAAAGAUACUGGACUGCAGUCAAGUGCAGCUGCUACUAGAAAUUCUUCUGUCAAGCUUUUGGGUGUUUUGCAUAAAUUUGUUGGCCUAGAUAUUAAAGGGUUUCUUUCUGAUGUUAAACCUGCACUUGGAUACGGAGUAUGAGAAGAAUCCAUUUGAGGGUGCAGCAGCAGCUCCAAAGAGAACUAUUAAAUCAACAGAACCUACAUCUACAUCUUCUGGUGGACUAGAUGGCCUGCCAUGGGAAGAUAUUAGUGGGAAGAUUACACCUACCGUGCUUAAAGGCUUAGAAAGUACUGAUUGGAAGGCUCGCUUGGAGUCAAUUGAAACUGUGAAUAAAGUUUUGGAAGAGGCUAACAAGCGCGUCCAACCCAAUGGAACUGCUGAAUUGUUUGGUGCUCUAAGGGGUCGUCUAGGUGAUAGCAACAAAAAUUUAGUCAUGGCAACAUUGACAUGCAUUGGCAAUGUUGCAUGUGCAAUGGGUCCAGCUGUUGAGAAAGCAAGCAAGGGCAUUUUAGCGGAUGUUUUGAAAUGUUUGGGUGACAAUAAAAAGCAUAUGAGGGAAUGCACAUUGAAUACUUUAGAUUCUUGGCUCUCUGCUGUUCAUCUUGAUAAAAUGGUUCCUUACAUUGCAGCAGCUUGGACAGAUGCAAAACUUGGUGCAGAAGGGCGCAAAGAUCUUUUUGAGUGGUUUUCAAAACAACUAUCUGGGUUAACUGAAUUUCCUGAUGCUGUACAGCUACUAAAGCCAGCUUCCUCUGCUCUGACGGAUAAAUCAUCAGAUGUUCAUAAAGCAGCAGAGACAUGAAUUGUUGAAAUCUUGAGAGUUUGUACACAAGAAACUGUAUAUUGAGAUGAUUUCUUUGGAGCAAUUCUUGACAACAUUUGUAGUUGAGGCCUUUAGAAUGGAAGAAUGUAUUUCACUAAUUUUUGUAUACAUUUCUUGUUUUGUAUUUAGUGAUAAAGGAAUCUGAAUUGGGCAUAAAUUAUGUUGUAAUAUGAUUUCUUAAGCCUAGACUAGUAGACUAAAUAUUGUAAUUACAUUUGAGUAAUUAAUAAAAAUCUAUUUAUGUUACCUUA